GUUUAGAGCAUCCUUGGGAGGUUUCGCAGAUGUGCCAUGGGACCAGACAGGACAACCCUUCACGCGUUUCGCGCGCCCCACAAGAAUCCCCAUCCACGCCGCGCAACGGCUCAGUCGGGCAGUGCUAAGGCUGUUGCGGGGCCUUUGUCGUCUCUCGGGGCCGCCCCCCGCGUUCGAGGUUCGGCUGGACGCCAGCGUCAGGCUUCGGGGCUCUGCCAGGCGCUCCUUUGCAGAGGAUCACCCGCGCGCAGGAAACGCAAGUCGCCAGCAUGCUGGCGUCGCACCAGCUACGGCAGAGCUAGCCAACGAGCUGAUAUGGAAGGCUCCCAUGAGUUGCCAUCGAAGGCGGAUGCUUGUGGCAAAGAAAUGCUCCGACACUGGGCCCGCCCGCAGCGCCCGCCUGAAGCGCCCUCGUCGGCGUUCGCUUGCGGGCCCUGCCCUGCAAUGUUUUGACGCGGGCUUCCUCGCCGUCGAUUGCGGCGCCGGCAGGCAGGCGCUCCCGGCCGUGGGGCCGGCCGAGAGGCCGCCGGCCUCCACGGCCAAUGCCGCGCUGCGCCAGUGGCUCAGAGGCUUCGCCCCGCCACGCCGCAAGCAGCCCCUCGCUGGGCGCGGCGGGGCGACGGGCACCCUCGAGCGUGACGAGCCGCGCGGGCAGCUGGCCUCUCGCGAUGUCCACCCGGAGGAUUCCCCUUUGCGCAGCUGGCCGAUGGCGCGCCAGCCGCGGCAGCAGGUCCCCUCGUCCGCAGCAGCGCACCGCGCGAUGCCGACCGGCCGGCCGCGCGAGCUAUGCGGUUGCGCUGCGGCUCUAGGCCUCGCGGCCCGCCGUGGUCAUGGUCUGACGAUCUCUGUGGGCACCUGUUGGAGGGUGUCGAAAGCUGGCUCCGCGCGGAUCACGCAUUCGGCGGCGAGCAGACUUGUCAACGGUAGCAGCAUUGGCAUCAUCAGCAGUUCGGCCUGCUCUAGCUGCGCUGGCGACUCGAGUCGCGCCGAGACCAAGACAUCGCCCGCCAAGCGCGUUGGCAGGGGACAUCUUCUAUUGGUAGAACCGAACGGCUCGACGAGACUUCCGCGGCGCGGUGCAGGCUUUGCCAGCACUUGGCCACCGCGUGUUUGGCCUGUGGCUUUGCUGAUUUAGUAGCGAGCAGUGCGAAUCUACGUGAUUUCCAGCAGUGCUAGCAGCUCUGUUUUCAUUGACAUUGCGGGGGGGCAGCGCAGGCAGGGGGUGUCCCAGCGGUUUUAGAAAUCCUCGUGAGGCGGUCGAGGGGGCAUUUUGGCGCACCUGGCUUGCUGCUGGUUUCAUGUUUGAGAACGCCCACUCGAAACGCAUGCGUUGAGCUGGCGAGGGCGUCGCUCAAGGAUUUGGCGCGGAGGCUUUUGCGGCGCAUCGCGCAUUCAUUGCACGCUUAGCGCAUUGGAUGGCGCGCGCCUCCACGCCUCCCAUCUGCUUGACAAGAUCGAGAAGAGGGCAGAAUGGUUAUCGAGAACUGCUCGGUCUCUGCCCGCGGAGCGCUAUGUAGUGUUUCCUGUGACUCCUCGUCGGUCCUCUUGGCCCUGCCAACGCAGAUGUUUGCGUGCUUCAAGUCGUGCCUGAUGGGAGCGACUGAAACGGAACUGCUCCCCACAGUCAAAACGAUGAGGUAAGGGCCAGUUGCGCUCUCCUAUUUCACCUCGCCCAUGCUGCCCCAUCUGUCCCGUAUGAGUUUGUCACCGGUUGUCAAUCUGUUGGUGACGUUUGGGCCCUGGGCAACGAAAC